AUGAAUCUCAUCCAACAGCUUCAGAAGAAACCGAAACCGACGCUUUCGCACAUCGAGUCGUUCGAAGAUUUCACCGCCAUCAUCGAUGGCGAAGGACAGGAUUACAUCAACUUACGCCUGGAGUACGACCAGACGAAAGUCCCUUCGGGUGGGAGCGAAGUCACCGGCGCGACCGCGCAAAUGUUCAUUCGCGCGUCGAACACGAAAGAAGCCGCAGGGAGACACUUCCACGCGAAAGCGAGACAAUCUUUAGGUCUGGAACCGACGGACGAGAAGUAUUUGCGAGCGGCGAAAUUAGCCGGGAGAGGUCGAGACUCGUUGAGUUCGUUCCAAAACGACGACGACGAGGAAGAGGAAGAGGAAGAGGAGGAAGAAACGGUGGAGGAUUUGAUGAAAUCUGCGGCGUUUCAGAAGAAGAAAACGAUCAAGAAAGGAUCGAAAGAGUAUCCAGAUCAUUACGGGGCGAUUGGUUUAGCCGUGGAGAGGUAUUUGGCGACCACGGAGCAAAUUAAGGAGAAUUUCCAGGAGUAUUCGAUGAAGUUGCACCCGGACAAGUGCGGCAUCGCCGGCGCGGACGAAGAAGGAAAAGAAGCGAUCGAGCAGAGGUAUAAAGCGGUCGCGAUCGCGUACGAGGUGUUGUCGGAUGAUAAGAGAAGAAGAGAGUACGAUUCCGUAGACGCGCCGAAACACGAUUUGCCGACGAGCGUUAAAGCCGGGAAGACGUGGUUUACGACCUUCAUUCCGGCGUUUCAAAAGUUGGAGAGAUGGUCGGAAGUCAAAGGUGGACACGUAAUUUGCGAAGACGAAGAUGCGCCGUACGAGGACGUGAAGAAGAUGUACGUCUCAUGGACUAAGUUCAAGUCGUGGAGAGAGUUUCCGCACGACCAAGAGAACGAUUUGGAAUCCGCGAACGAUAGGUACCACAAGAGGCAAAUGCAAAAGGAAAACGAGACGAAGAGGAAGGAGAAGAAGAAGGAAGAGUCGGUGAAGUUGAGAGCGUUUUUCGAAGCGGCGGAGAACUUAGAUCCGAGAGUAAUUAAGGAGAAGGAGAGAAAAGCGGCAGAGAGAGAGGCGAAGAAGGCGGAAAAGAGCGGUUCGGGUGGUAAAGGUGGCGGCUCUAAGGCGGAGAACGAGGCUGCGGCGGCGGAGGCGAAAGCCGCCGCGGAAGCUGCGGCGGCGGACGCGAAGGCAGCAGCGGCAGCGGCGAAGAAGAAGAAAGAGGCGGAAAAGAAGGAAAUGCAAAAGACGAGAAAAGCGAUGAGAGCGAUUCGCGACGAGGCGGAAGGCGCGCCGGAGGAGUUUGAUUUGGAUCAGUUGAUGCUCAAGUUGGACAUCUCCGGCAUAAAGGUAUUGCUCGACGAGUGCUCCGGGAAGUCGGCGGCGGAAUCUGGCGCGAUUUUGAAAGCUGCGGUAGAGAAAGGCGCGUAA